AUGGAUGACAGCAUUUUAGGGGCAGUGCUCCCUAACUUACUUAUUUUCUUUCUUUCUUUCUUUCUUUCUUUCUUUCUUUCUUUCUUUCUUUCUUUCUUUCUUUUUCCAAUAACGACUGCUAUUUACUUAUUUUAUACCAGUAUUUUUUUUUCUUCUUUCUCUCUUUCUUAUGGUCUUUGUUUCUUUACUUCUUUCUUUUUUUCUUUAUUUCUUUACAUCUUUCUGUUUCUUUCUUUGUUUCCUUCUUUGUUUCUUUCUUUCCUUCCUGUGGUCUUUCUUUCAUUCAUUCUUUCUUAUUUUCAUUCAUUCAUUCAUUCAUUGAUUCAUUCUUGUGAUCUUUCUUUCUUGUCGUCUUUCUUUCUUUCUUUCUUUCUUUCUUUCUUUCUUUUUUUCUUUCUUUUUUCUUUCUUUCUUGUGGUCUUUUUUCUUUUUUCUUGUGGUCUUUCUUUCUUUCUUUCUUUCUUUUUUUUCUUGUGGGACUCGAUAGCUGAACAUGUUACAACGAUAUUUCCCUCUCUUUCUUUAUCUAUCUAUCUAUCUAUCUAUCUAUCUAUCUAUCUAUCUAUCUAUCUAUCUAUCUAUCGAGAUGAUCAAACAUAG